GAAUACAUCAUGGGUUACCUGCCCAGAAGGUUUCUGCGGGUGAAGAAUCUUUGCUUUCACCUGGACUUUGCUUGCAGUGAAUGGGAAACUUCACAGCAGCUGCCCUCUUCACUGGAAUUCUCUAAGGCGCCUGUUCAGGCCGAGGGAAAUGGCUGCCAGAUUCUUCUGUUUUCUUCAUGGAAAGCUCCCAAGUUUUUCUCUCCAAAAUCCCUUAGAAGUGCUUUGGCCGGUGGAAGAGAGGGGUCUUCAACGCCUUUCAAAGAGCAGCUAAGAAAUAGUGGCUCAGUGAAGUUGCUAGUUAUGGGAACGCCACCUGCUGUGGGGGCUGCCAGUGACGGGAAGUCCAAAUCAGCAAGAUGAACCCCAGCCGCAGGCCUCACAUUCUGGCAGGCUCCACGAGCCAAGAGGUGUCCACGCCAAGUCCUCAUUCCCCUGGUGAUGCCUUAUGGGCUCCAUCAUGUUAGCCAGAAUAUACCCUGGGAGAUUAUAUCUGGGAGACACGUAGCUCAACAAGUACGGAACAUGUUUUCCCUGCUGGUAUUGGGGGGACAGGAUGAAUAUCUGUGUGAUAAGCUCACUGAGAUCUGUUAGGCUUGUUCCCUGUGAAUAAUUUAUAUUUUGAGAAGCCUAGUACUUUCAAAUUCAUACAAUAAUGAGCUGUGUUAUGUUAGGA